AAUUGCUGUCGACUCGCCCUCCAUCUCCUUUCCUUAGCGAGGAACCUCACCCUUCGUCACAGUCUAGGCCUACCAACUCGUUCCGCCAGCAGCAACAGCAUCCAUCAUGUCUUCUCCCUUUCGAAGAUCCGAUCACUCUCCGUCGAGUCAACGUUCCACGCCCUCGCGUCCGUAUACAAACGGCGUGCGCCGUGCAAAUGGCUAUCAUCGCUCCUACCACGACACCACCCCGGUCUCGAGCCCUUCGCGACAACUGCUCGAGGAAUUCAACCGCAUGCUCAUCAACGACGAGCGCGCCUUCAGACAGUCUCUCGACGAGCAAACCGCUGCGCAGCAAAAACUGCAUCUCGAAGCUCUCGACCGCGCGUUGGCCAAACAUGAAGAAGUCAGGGAAAGUGCGGAGCGGACGAGGGAAAGAGUGGAGCUGGAGCUCGAGAAGGAGAGGAGGAGACAAAUAGAAGAGGAGCACCGGGCGGUGGAGAAGGCGAGGCGCGACCUGGAAGAGCAGAGAAUUGCGCAGGAGAGAAGGCGGCUGGAGGAGCUAAAGGCACAGGAAGAGGAAAAGAAGAAGGCCGAGGAGCUCAAGAGGGAGCAGGAUGCUAUGCGUGAGAGACAAGAGAAGGCGAAACAGGAACAAGACGAGACGAAGCGACGCGCCGAACUUCGUCAAAAGGAGGAGGAACUGAAGAAGGCACAGCAACCGAAGCCGCUUCCGAAUGGUACUACACCCGCAAGUGUACCAGCAGCGUCUUCCCCUGCUCCUCCUCCUCCAAGUACAGCGGUACCACUGACAAGUCAGCCAGCUCCGGUAGCUAAACCAACGCCGCCAGCUCCACAGCCCGCAGCCGCCUCCGCCCAGGCAGCGCAGCCGGAUUCGAAUUUACCUGACGGGCUCGUGAGCAGCAUGCAAGAACGCGAGGCCAUUCAUCGACAAUAUCUGGACCUUCACAAACGCCUCAAACAGAUGCGCGAACAGGUCACCGAACAAGCAAAGCAGGUACCGGGCCUCAAAAAUCAACUAUCCGACUGGCGACGAGCCAUCAAGAAAUGCUGCGGCCAGCUCAGCAAGGGCGAUACGGCAGAAGUCAAGGCGGGUAACAAGCGUUCCAUGGUGGAGAUUGUGCAGCACCUAGAUGCCGCUGCCAACAUUUCCGAGCCCAGCAUCGACGUGACUCAGUAUCUUGUCGAAAAUAAGCAGCCUCCAGGCGCCAACAAGCAGGGGCCUGCGUGUCUCCUCUUCCUUCUCAACCACUUUGCCAAAAACGUCGUCAAGCAGUUCAUCUCCGAGAGCGCAGUCGACGCCAAAUCUGCCGAUCCCAUUGGUGUCCUCGCCGUCACCGUCUUCGCACGACCCCAAUACCUCUUCAACGGCCAAAGCCUCAUCGAUCUCCUCUGGGCCAAGUAUCACGUCCACUGUCCCAUCUUGUUUGGCAUCUACGGCUCCGAAAAGACCAAGGGCGGACGACUGCGACUCGGCUGGAAAUUCGAUGCGGAUGCCGGUGCUUUCGUCUCGGAGCAAGAGCACUACGACCGCAUGUCGGGUCUAGGCGUGGGCUUCGCCUCCAUCACGCUCCGCGACUUCAGCAAAAGCAAAAACGCCAACCCCGCGCCCAACAGAAUCUACUGGCAGUCCUUCGCCCGCAUCCUCAACACCCCCGCCAACGAAACUCAAGCCACGCAUUUCGUUAUCCUCAAAGCUAUGAUCGACCAGUACGUCCCUCGCAUUAUCGGCACUUUCGGCGGCGCGGGCAUCGCCCUUCUCCGCCGCGCAUUGAUCGAUUUCCCCAAUGCAAAGGGCCCGCAGGAUGACAAGGGGAGGAAGCUGCCGGCCGUGACGGCCGUGCAGGCCAUGCCGACGGUGCUGCAGCGCGACUUGUCCCUCUCGUUGUAGGCCAACGAGGCGGAAAUGCAGUGCGCUGCAGCCGCUGUCGCUGCUGGCAAUUCCUUCACGGCCGCGCCAUCGGCACAGAAACAUGGAC